GUGUGAGUCGUGUGUCUAACCGGAUUGUGCUGCUGGAGGGGGGAGGUGGCCUGAUGGUGGGGGGUGGUGCUGUGGGAUAGGGUUAGGAUGGGUUUGGGUGUGCUGUGUUGUGAGCCGAUGGGGAUGGUAGAUGUGGACAAGGAGGGAAGGAAGGAAGCUGGCUGGUCGGUCUGAUACAGGGCAGGGAAGGUUAGGAGUACAGUAUGUGCUGCGUGCGUGUGCUGUAUGGACGACGACGAUGCCAAAUCACACUCUCGAGCCAGCGCAAGAGUCAGCCUGGUCAGCACCAUUCCACAGCCAGAUCCAGCUGGAAUGCCCCUCCAAUACCCGCAUAGGGACGGCGCGUUUCUGUCCCUUCCUCCCCUUCGCCGCCGAAUCUCGGGAAGCACCAGAGGCGAUCAAGAGGUACUUCCUUUACCUGCUCCCUUUACUGGACAUACACUACUGUACUGGACGCACAGUAGUGCCCACGCAUCCCUCUAGCGGCCACACAGCUCCAUGCAUCGUGCUGUCAUAGCCUGUCAGCAUACCCGGAGCGAGCCCUGUCGAGCUUGUGUGUGGUGUGUGGCGUGUGUGUGUGGGAGACGGCGGCACAUGCAUUGGCUCGCGCAUACAACCUCAAACAGUCGCUCUGUCGCUCUGUCGGGAUGGAUGGGGAUGGAUAGACAUGCUGCGUUUGGCGUGGCUGGCUGCUCUGCUCUAGCUGGUACACAACCCAUGCGGUCGUGCGACACUGUGCAGAUUUUUCCCUCCUCGUCCUCUUCCCGCUACGCUACGCUGUGCUGUGCUGUGCUAUAUAUUUGCGGCGUGUUGUUUUGUUUCUCGGGAUAUCCACAAAAAAAAACACUAAAGUUUCCCCCUCUAGUGACGGUUACGGUGACGACGAUACCCGCCAUUGUUUACUUUUCUCUCCCUCUACGCGCCCGCUCCCCUCACCAAAACUCCACUCACUUUGCCUGGCACGGACUUCGAUGCAAGGGGUGGGAUAAGGGCACACAACCACACUCCUCCGAACCGACUGAUACACAACAACUAAUCUGGCUUCGCGCCUGAAAAGAUUUCGGAAAUCAGAAACACCCAGCGCCCGCACUGCGGCCCCCAGUGUCAAUCCGGCAGGAACUGACAGGGAACCGGGGGAACCUCCUCCACUAUUUCCUCCACCUCCCUCCACCUCCCUCCACUUGGGUUGUCCUUGGGUGUCCGCUACUCGACGGCUUUUUUGUCUACGAAAGGUUGUAUUGGUCUACCUUGGCUAUACAACUCCACGAUACCGAUACCUUACAUACUCCCCAGCCUCUUUUUUUUUUGCCGUCUCCACCCAAUAACCGCCCGGCAUUUGGGUGCUUUUGUUGUUGUGAGGUCCCAGAAGGAGAAGAAGAGAGACACUUGACUGACAUGCUUUGUACAUUUUUACUGUAAGUAGUACAACUGACAUAGUACGCUGAUAUAGUACGAGUACAACAUUCCCGAACGAAAAGUACGGAGUACAAACCUGCCAAAAUUCCUCCCUUGUGACCCCGUCGCUCAAAUACUCUAAGAAGCAAGCUGGUGUCUGGUGUCGCGCGGCUGCUUCUUUAUCCCGACUACAUUCGUCCCUCGUCCUUCUUUUACCUCUCGUCAUCGCAUACCCAAGGAAUCGAACGGUACCAUCUGUAUAGUCGGAUCGAGUAUACUCCUCCGGCGACCCCCCACGAAUCUCUCUCCACCCGCCAUCUAAAAAAAAAGCGUCGCAGGCGUCCCACGAUCACUCCUCGCUCGCGCACCUUCCGCCACAUAGCUUCGAUGAGUCUGACACCUCUCUGCCAUCUCACGACCUCGAAUACACAUAAUGGCUGCGGCCGAGGUUUCUCAGUCCUUCGGAAGUCAUCCAAGGAGCGACCUUGGACAUACAAGGGAGCCCUGGACGAUUGGGUGGGAUGAGGACGACACACGUAUCCGGCUCCAGCACAUUGCGCUGGCAUGGGUUGCGUCGCGCCGCUCUCACGAUGCCUACUACCACGGCCCGCCUAUGCCUGGUGCACCACGAUGGGAGAAUACGGUGGCUCUUGGGCUACGUAGCCAACAGCCUAAAGCAGUAACCUUGAGGCCAUUGCGGCUUUUCGUCACAUCGCUCCCGAAGCGCCAUAUUGCUUCCCCCGCCGACGACGACGAUAGUAGUUGCGACCUCGACGCACCCCUCACCGACCCCUCCGACUCCUCCGACGCCCUCGCUACGGAGAACUACAACCGCGACGCAGCCGCACACUUCGAUACCCCGCUCCCACCCCGCAAACCGCCGACUGAGCGGAUCUUCGCCGACCCCGCCAUGGCUCCCGCGGCUGUUGACUGGACAUCCCAGGACGGCUUCAAGACGACUGCUAAGAAGAAGGCAAAGCAGGCUGCGAAGGCGGCUGCGCAGUCGAAAUGGGGAGAUGACGAUGAGGAGAAGAAGAAAGAGGAGGGAGAAGGGGAUGCUGGUGGUGAUGGUGGUGCGGGCGGUGGAGAUGCAGGCGACGCUGGCGACGCUGGAUCUGGGGAUAAGAAAGGUAGCGAUGAUGGCGAUAAGAAGGAAGACGCUCCUGAAGAAGGCGACUGGGGAGGAUUUGCACCUGCGAAGUCGAAGAAGAAGGGCAAGAAGGGCAAGGCUGCAGACCCGGAACCGGAACCUGAACCAGCGAAAGCCUCGGCGUUCGAUGCUUUCCAAGAGAUAAAACUGGAUGAUGGGGGUACGUUAGACCUCAGCUUCGAUAAACCCGCGGCUACGACAGGGUCAGGUUUUGGCUCGUGGGGGAGUAGCUGGAAUACGGGUACGAAGGGGGCGGCUACGACGGGGAGCGGAUGGGAUUUCUCAGCUACGGAUGGGGCGGCGGCUACCGAGGAGAAGAAAGAGGAGGAGGGCGGGGAUAAUCCGUGGAGUCUGAAUCGCGGCAAGCCGACGACGACUAAGAAGAAGAAGGGAGCCUUCAGCUUCGGCUUCGACGAGGAGGAGACCAAGGAGCCGGAACCCGAGCCGCCGAAGGAGGAGAAGAAGGAGGAGGACGAUGGGUUCAGCGGCUUCGUGUCUAAGAAGGAUAAGAAGAAGGGGAAGAAGGGCGCUGUAUUCGCCUUCGAAGAUCCCCCCGCCGAAGAGCCCGUCGUCGUCCCGGAACCGGAGGCGGCGCCGCCUCCUGCGGAGGACGACUGGGGCGCGAGCAGCUGGGGCGCGGCUACGACGAAGAAGAAGAAGGGGAAGAAGGGCGCUAUUGCUGAAGUCAUCCCCGAGCCAGUCGUGGAGGAGCCGCCCAAGGAGGAGCCUAAGGAGGAACCAGUCGUAGAAGAUACGUGGGGCGCUGUCGGGAAGAAGAAGAAGAAGGGGAAGAAUGUUAUUGAGGAGAUCCCCAAGGAGCCUGAACCCGAACCGGAGCCCGUGAAGGAGGAGGAGUCGUCGUGGGGUGGUGGCUGGGGCGCGGUGGGGAAGAAGGAUAAGAAGAAGGGCAAGGGCGUGGUGGAAGAGAAGGAGCCGACGCCUGAGCCGGUACCGGAACCUGAGCCGGAGAAGGUGGAGGAUGAUUCUUGGGGUGGUGGGUGGGGCGCGGCUACGACCAAGAAGGAUAAGAAGAAGGGGAAGAAGGGCGCGGUUGUCGAGGAAGUUAUCCCCGAACCGGAACCGGAACCUGUUCCUGAGCCGGAGCCGGAGAAGGUUGAGGACGACUCGUGGGGCGGUGGUUGGGGCGCGGCUACGAGUAAGAAGGAUAAGAAGAAGGGUAAGAAGGGUGCGGUUGUCGAGGAAGUCAAGCCUGAGCCCGAACCUGAACCUGUUCCUGAACCUGAGCCGGAGAAGGUAGAGGAUGACUCUUGGGGUGGUGGCUGGGGCGCCGCUACGACCAAGAAGGAUAAGAAGAAGAAGAAGGGCGCUAUUGAGGAAGUCAUCCCUGAACCUGAACCUAUACCCGAACCCGAGCCAGAGAAGGUCGUCGAAGAAGACGCCUUCGCGUCGUGGGCACCAGCUGCGACUAAGAAGAAGGGAAAGAAGGGUAGCAAGGUUGUCGAAGAGGUCAAAGAGGUCGUCAAGGAACCUACGCCCGAACCAGAGAAGGAGGAAGAGGCUUCUGGCUGGGGUGGGGGAUGGGGUACGACUACGACUAAGAAGGGCAAGAAGGAUAAGGCUAAAGAGCCGGAACCUGAGCCUAUAGUUGAGCCUGAUCCAAUCUCCAAGGCCUUCGAACCCGCGGGCGACGAUGACUGGAUGAGCUUCGGCAAGAAGGACAAGAAGGGUAGCAAGACAUCCAAGGCCCUAGUUGAAGUUAAGGUCGAAGAGCCGGCGCCACCUCCACCACCCGCCGCCCCCGAAGUCGGCGAUAUAGCUGCGGAAGACGAUUUCGGCGGCUGGGGCGCUGCUUCGAGUAAGAAGAAGAAGGGGAAGAAGGGCGCUGCUGCACCUAUUGUCGAGGAGGAGCCGAUCAAACCCGAUGUCGUCGAAGAGCCAAAGACAGAUGACAUCUGGGGUAGUGUCGGUGCCGGCAAGAAGGACAAGAAGAAGAAGGGUAGCAAGAGCGCUGCUGUCGAAGUUGUAGAGGUUGUUGAGGAGGUCGUCCCUGAAGCUGACCUUAUCGACCUUGACUUCGGGACUAAGGAUAAGGAGCCCGAGGAUGACUCUUGGGGCGGUGGCUGGGGGGCUGCUAUAAGCAAGAAGGAUAAGAAGAAGAAGGGUGGUCUUGAUGCGCCGCCGCCCGCGCCUACGCCCCCUUCGAUGGAUCUUACCGAGCCUGAGCCUGAGGCUGACGAUGGCUGGGGCGCCUUCGGCUCCUCGAAGAAGAAGGAGGAGCCUAAGAAGGAGGAGCCUGCUAAGCCAGCUAAGAAACUCUCCAAGUCUGAGCAGAAGAAGGCUGACAAGGAGGCUGCGAAAGCGAAGGAGAAGGCGGAGCAGGAUGAGCGCGAUGCUGCUGCUGAGGCUGAGCGGGUAGCUGCUGAGGAGGCGGAGAAGGCAGAGGCUGAUGCUGCCGCUGCCGCUGCUGAGGCUGAAGCCAAGGCCAAGGAGGAAGAGGAGGCUGCUGCUGCCGCUGCUGAGAAGGCCGCCGCUGCCAAGAAGCCGAAGCUUACCAAGAAGCAGCAGGAGAAGGCGGAUAAGGAGGCUGCUGCUGCUAAGAAGAAGGCGGAGAAGGAGGCGGAGAAGGAAGCAAAGGCCGCGGCGGAUGCUGCUGCAGAGGCAGAGGCGGAGGCUAAGCGGAUUGAAGAGGAGGAGGCGGCUGCGCAGGCGGCGAAGGAAGCGGAGGAGCAGGCGGCGAAGGAUAAGGAGAUCCAGGACGCGCUUGAUGCGAAGAAGGCCAAGGAGGAUGCGAAGAAGGCGAAGGAGGACGAGAAAAAGGCUAAAGAGGAGGAGAAAAAGGCUAAAGAGGAAGCCAAGCUCGCCGCCAAGAAGGGUGGAAAGUCGAAGACCAAGAAAGUCGUAGAACCGGAACCGGAACCAGAGCCAGAAGUUGUAGAAGACGUAGUUGACGACGAGGCGGCCGAGGCGCUAGAGAAGGAGCUCGCGGCCGAGACUACGGCAGGGGCCUUUAGCUUCUGGGGUGCUAGCAAGAAGACUAGCAAGGGUACUGAGGCUGCCAAAAAGGAGUCGGCUAAGGACGUCGCAAUUACGGGUGCUGACAAAGCAGGGAUUCUGGAAGGUGCCACCUUGAGAGACAGCAGCGCCGCGACGGGCAAGCUGGCAUCAUCUUCAUCAAUGAAAGCAUCGGCGCUGAGCAAGAAACCAGUAGGCGGAAAGAUUGCUGAUAGGUUACGCGCGUUUGAGACGGCCGAGGUUGCGCCGCCGCCGCCGCCACCGGAGGAGGAGCCUGCGCCCCCGCCAAAGGAUGAUAAGAAGAAGUCCAAGUCAUCGCGUAAGAAGGACGAGAUUAUCGAGGUCGAAGAUUCUCCGAAGAAAGCUGUACCUGGGAGCUUCCCUGUAGAUAUCAUCGACGACGAAAUCGUGGAGAUUAUUGAUAUGGCACCCCCGAAGAAAGAGAAGAAAUCAAAGAAGUCCAGUAAAGCGCCUGUAGAGGUCGUACCGCCGCCUCCACCCCCUCCUCCACCACCACCGCCGCCUGCGCAGGAACCUACACCACCGCCCGAGCCGAAGGAAGCAAAACCCGCGAAGAAGGAGCGCGCAAAGGUUGUGCGCGGUGAAAGCGGGUCGUGGGGUACGUGGGGUGCAGCAACUAAGAAGGACGAGAAGAAGUCGAGCAAAUCGAAGGAGGUGAAGCUCGAGGAUUCACCGCCCGCCGAGAAGAAGAAGCGAUCAUCGGAAGCGAAGGCGUCUAAGUCAAGGAAGACGGAGGAUAGAGGCUCUGGGACAGAGAAGUCCUCUGAUAAGGAAAAGUCUUUGAAGACGCCGAAGCCGAAGUCGAAGGGCCUGUCGAGCAUGUUCGCUUCUACUCCACCUAUCUCGAGGUCCAUGUCUACUCGCGAUAAGAGGUCGAGCAGCGGCGCGCGCACGAGUUCGCGUCGCCAGUCGCUGGAUACUGGGAUGAUGUCGCCGCCGCCAGAGAUGUCGUCUAAGGCGGCGAGGAUGCUUGGGGUUACACCUGGCAACUCGAGGAGCAAGUCGGAUCGGAAGAGCAAGUCACGAGAAGUAGAGGACGACGACAUCGUGAUGGUCGAUAAAGCCAGCGACGAAUCCGGCGGUCGCAAAAGAAAAUCAAAGGUACCUAGACAACCCGAUGAGGAAGCCGCUCCUCCACCGCCGCCCUUCGUUCCGAUGGCUCCCGGAAGCGAUGACCUACCUCAUAGGCCCAGGCACAAGAGAAGAUCCAUGACUGACCGAUCCAAUAAGCAGGCUGUUGAUGACGAUAUAGUCAUGGUGGAUGCGAACGGCCCCGCCGACGACCGCGAGGGCCGCAGCAGAGGACUCAAGCGCUCCGAAUCCUCGGCGAGGAAAUCCGGCUUCGGCGGCAUGUUUGGCGGGUUCCUGGGGAAGUCGACGAGCGCCAAGCCGGAAAGCAGACGACGCAGCUCGGUCCGUCCAGAUGAGGGCGGCGGCGAGUCACGACGACGCGAUAGCCAUAAGACGCGCUCGACCGACGACGCCGACGUCAUCAGCGCAGAUAACCCCGUGAUGAGCGGCGGCGCGUCGGAAGAAGACCACGAAGCGCGACGAGCUGCGCGACGAGCAAGGCGCGCUGAGCGCGAAGCCCAAGAGCGCGCAGCUGACGAGGCGAGGCGGGCUAAAGAUGAAGAGCGCCGCGAGCGUCGCCGCAAGGCUGAUGAGGCUGAUGAAGCGCGUAGGCAGGAGGAGCGCGAGGCGAGACGCGCGGCGAGACGCGAGCAGAGAGCUGCGGAGGAGAGGGGUGGUGAGCGCGCUGAGCGACACCGUCUGAGGAGGGAGGAGCGCGCGACGUCGGAGAGGUAUAAUAAUGAUACUGAUGUGCCUCACGCGAAGCGAUCGGAACGCCGUAGGUCGACUAUGGAUGGGGUUCCUACCGAUGAUGAGGAGCGCCGGCGUAGGCACGCUGAACGACGCGCCGCGAAGGAGGGCGGGGCGACGCCGAAGCUGAGUCGUCGCGCUACCGAACCACCGGAUGCGUACUUCGAGCCGCGCAGCGGGGAGAAGUCCCGCCAUGCUACGGAUGACGAGAGGCGCCCGCACAAGAGCUCGCGACGCAAGGGGGAGAAGAAGCCAGGCUGGCCGCACUCCGGGACCGAUAGCUGGGUGAAGGAGCACAGCGACGCGCCGCCGCCUCCUGAGGACGAGGAGCCCGACCACGAUGAGAAGGUCGAUGAUCCCAUCUCUGACGAGGUGGAGCGCAAGAAGACGCGUCGCUCGAGCCGGUACGAUGACCUUACCCCUGAAGAAGCGGAGGCGAAGCGCCGGCGUAGGGAGACUAGGCGUGCAGAGCGCGCGGAGAGGGAGAAGGGACGGAGUCAGCCUAGUAGUGCGGGGGAUGAGAGGAGGUACGGCCCUGAUCCGAGGGGGGGGAGGAGCGAGAGGGAGAGGGAGAGGCCGAGGGAGGUUAGUGGGGGGAGUUGGUGGAAGAAGAUUACGCAGGCUGUGUGAGGGGGGGGAGUCACCGGAUGGCUUCGGGGGGAUUAUGACGUCUUUGUGAGAGGUCGUUUAAUGGCAUUUUAUUGCGGCUGGAAGGGGUUGGUUUGAUGAGGAGCAACUGGGUUUGGGGGAACUUUUUUAGAUACCUUGUGAGCGUUUUUUUUGAGCGGUUUGGAGCUUUUGGGAUGUUUGGAAGGGGG